AUCAAUCUAAAGUAGUUAUAGCAAGGAGUAAUGUAAAACAAUUUUAGAAUGACAAUAGACGGUUUUCUGAUUGAAAUCCGCAACCAAGAAUCAAGAAAGUUCGUCUUUCCGAUUAAACUGUGGACCCUGAACACAACGUGCGGAGCGUUAAGUCCCUCCCCGGAUUUGACAAACGCGCACGCAGCUUGUGCUUGUAAACAGAAGCUCACACGUGACACGGAGAGGCGAGCGGAGUCGCGCGACCGCAUUGUCUGAGCGGACAAAGGAGCGCACUGUGAGCUCGAGCUUCGGCCAGGUGAGCGGCCAGGUGUUAUGGCAACCGACGUGAUGCGCCGCAACGCGAAGCCGCGAGGCUGUGCUCCUUUAAAGAGCGACGUCCGGGGACGCGUGCGCUCGCUCGGGCUCGAUGUCUGAACCGCAAAUCCCGGAGCUCGGUGGGAUAACGUCGUUGACUGCGUUCUCUCGCUGCUCUCGCGCACGCAGCUGGCUUACCGAACAGGAGAGCCUUUGUUGUUUUAACGCCAAAAGCUGGCCGAAGGGUCAUUUCUCUCCGCCGCCGUCGUCAACUAGCAGUAGCCUUUAGCCUCGGCGGCCGAACAAAUUAAUUUCUGAAACGACAGCGAGCGCGCGUGCGUCGUCCAGCGGCUGGAUGAGAUGUCUUUCGCCAUGGAGGAUAGUUUGGAGUCCGGAUGGGUGUCAGUGCGACCCAGGGUGUUCGACGAGAAAGAGAGGCACAAAUUCGUUUUCAUCGUGGCCUGGAACGACGUCGAGGGAAAGUUCGCCAUAACCUGCCACAACAGAACCGUCCAGAGACGGAGCACUUUUCUGGACUUGGAUUGUAGCCCCGCCGCCGCCGCCGCCGCCGCUCAGAGUCCGGCCAAAGCGAAAAAAGCCGAAGCCUGUCAAGCUGAUAAAGUUGGACCGCACUCUGUCCCGACAGGAAAAGCCGCAACAAACACCGGAGAUGGGGGCAACGCUGUAAAGAGCGGCCGUUCAAAGGCGCUCGAGUGCGCCAGCAGUCCCACAUUAGGGUCCUGGGACAUCGUGACGCCCAAGGAGAUGGACAUGGAGAUCCUGGACUCCGCGGACGUCCCCUCGUCCCCGGAGGACGCAGAGCCGGGAGACGGCGAGGCCGGCCUCCGCGAGGACUUCAGCUGGGCCGGCCUGUUCUCCUUCCAGGACCUGCGGGCGGCCCACCAGCUGCUGUGCGCCGUCAACUCGGACCUGGAGCCGUGCCUGCCCUCCUUCCCGGAGGAGCAGUCCGGCGUGUGGACGGUGCUGUUCGGCGCCCCGGGCAUGUCGCCGAGGGAGACGGACGCGCUGUGCUACCAGCUGCAGGUGUACCUGGGCCAUGCCCUGGACACCUGCGGCUGGAGGAUCCUCUCCCAGGUGCUGUUCUCAGAGACCGACGACUCGGAGGAGUACUACGAGAGCCUGAGCGAGCUGAGGCAGAAAGGCUACGAGGACGCGCUGGAGGCGGCCAGGAGGCGCAUGCAGGAGGUGUUGGACAAGCACAAGGCCAUCGACAGCAUGGUGGAGCUACUGCAGGUGUACCCCGAGGAGGACGAGGCGUACGGAGAGCUGCUGGAGGCCACGACGCAGCUGUACCACUACCUGCUGCAGCCCUUCAGGGACAUCAGGGAAGUGGCAACUCUGCGGCGGCAGCAAAUUAAGAUCUGCCUGGAGACGGAGCGUCUCGGGCCUCGCCGCGUGGACAGCCUGAGGAAAGAGGACGAGGAGUGGCAGAAGAAGGCUCACACCGCCGUGCUCUCUAUUCAGGACCUGACCGUGAAGUUCUUUGAAACCACAACCCGAGCUCAGAAAGCUCUUUAUGAGCGGAUGCGCGCCGACCAGAGGAAGUUUGGAAAGUCGGCGUGGGCCGCCGCUGUCGAGCGCAUGGAGCGGCUGCAGUACGCCGUUUCCAAGGAAACUCUGCAGCUCAUGAGGGCCAAAGAAAUCUGCCUGGAACAGAAGAAGCACGGCUUGAAGGAAGAGAUGCAGAGUCUGCAGGGUGGGGAGGAUGCAAUGAUGCGUCUGGACCAGCUGGAGGCACUUUACUACGAGCUGCAGCUGCAGCUGUACGACAUUCAGGCCGAGGUGCUGCGCUGUGAGGAACUGCUGCUGACUGCGCAGCUGCAGAGUCUGCGCAGGCAGAUGAUGGAGCGACAGGAUGAGGUGGUGUACUACGAUGCCUUUGAGAGCCCAGAUGCCAUGAAGGGUGAAGAGGAACCUGCACCCCCACCAUCGCCCCUCAGAGAUGAAGAGCUCUGUGUCCUCCAGCAGAGGACGCGGCAGCUCGAGGCCCGGAGGGGCCGCAUCACCACCAAGAAAGUCUACCUCAAAAACAAGAAGGAAAUCUGUAUCUUCAACCACAACCAGAAAAUCCAACAGCGCCAAGGAAGUAAUACUGACUGCAACUCUCUGCAGGUAGUGCAACAGGUUGGAUCACAUCGUUUGUUUGUGUCCUGUUACCUUAUACAGGAACAUUUAGUACUGUUCUUGGUCUGCUAUAUCCUGGAACAUCAGUUCAUGGUGGAGGAAAUGGACCCCAGACCAUUUAAACAGUGUCUUGCAAAACCAAUCAAACCCUUAGACCUUUUUCACAAUAUUGUGACGUGACAUGUACCAACUUCAAUGUAUUUGAUUGGGAUUUUUUGGAUAUACCAACGCAAGGUUGUGCAGAACUAUGAAGAUGAAGAAAAAGGAUCCAUGGUUUUCUUCUUUUUUUUUUAUCUUUAGUUUUCAUAAUUUUAAUAAUGAAUUAAAAAAACUGUUUGUACAAUAUUUGAAUUUCUACAGACGGAAGAUUUUCCUUGUUUCCCCGAACAUCAAUUUCUGACCACAGAAUCGGUCCAGUCAAAGUCAAGAGACGUAUUCAAGAAUGUAAGACAUGAACAUGCUAUGGUCUGAGCCGUUCAAUAGUAGCUCUGGCUAUUUGUUUUCCUGCUGGAAGACGAAGCCUCGUCCCAGGCUCAGGUUUUACGGCCGCUAACAUAGUUUCUCUCAGACUUGCCUUGUGUUUGUCACCAACCAGCAUCUCUGUCUCUGCUGAGGACAAGUCCUGUUUCCCUGUGGUAACGAUGCGUUCAGGGGAAUCUGCAGUGUUAGUUUUCAACCAAAUGCAGCAGUUUGCAUUCAACCCAAAAGUCUAAAAGAUGGAGGGGGAGUGAACUAAUUAGUAGUAUUUUUAAAGAAAAGGUCCAAUCUAGGACUGGGUUUGCAAAUCAGCCAUUGGCUAGACCACCUUUGUACAAACACAAUGGUUGCAUCGUUUCAUCAUGUAACUUUGUCUUAUG